ACUGUGUCGGUGAUCUGUGACACGGAGCAAUGUGAAGAUAGGACGGCUGCGCCACAACGCUUUGCGAAAAGACACUUCGUGGUUGAAGGCCUAGCAGAUUCAAUUAAUGUCUUAUAAAUGUCAAGAUGUCUUUCUACAAAGCGUGUUUUUAUUUCUCAACAACGGUAAACAGCAAUAUGCGUUCAAUGGUGUCUGUUAAUUGAACUAAAAGGUACACGUUUUAUUGAGCUUAUAGGCUACAUUUUUAAGUUAUAUAACAACCACAUAUUUAAAAAUUGCUUUGUCCAGUUCUAAACUAUUAAUUUAGAUUUAAAAGUUAUUUUACCACGCUAACAGAGUUAGUACUUAUCCAGUGAUGCUAAUUAAUUAUUAUGUAUUAAUUAAAUUUUCUCUAGGCAUAUAUUAUAAACAUUCUGAAAUGAUAGCCUAUAAUUUAUUACAUAAUACUGUUAGUAUUACUAAUGUACUAAUGUGUCAAAACUUCGAAGUCGAAGAUCUCAAUGAUUUGUUAAAUUCACUUCCAAUUCAGGGACCUAGAUUGGCAUUGACCUAUGAGUAAAACUUCCAUGGGGCGGCUAGCAUUUAUAAUAUACAAAAACUAAUAACAACAACUAACACGACAAUCAGGAACUGAAACAAGCCUUCAAAAGGAACAGUUGAGGCGACAACACUAGACACAUUUGCGUCCUUUGCCACAGGCCUUCCAAGCGCCAGUGCAUGAUACCCUCACAAAGUGGCACUGGCAGUCAGUUAAAUAUCCUCAUCAACACCAGGCACAGAAACAUUGCAAAUCCCCUCGCAUGCAUAGGAGCCAAAAUGAUCAAUAAAUUGAUCGUGGGCCCUUAAUAUACAGAAGAAGAAGAAGAAGACGAGUGCAUAAAAGCAUGGGAGCUCGCAGGGGGGGAGGGGCAAGGGGGGCACUAGCCCCCCUCCCCUGGAUUGAUUGGAUAAAAAAAAAUUUAGACAAAAAUAGACAAAAAAUUUAUUAAAGUAAAGAGAAAAUAAAGAGAAAGUAACUAAGCCGAUGUCCUGUCCGUUCGUUCACCAUACAAAUACGCUACAGUAAAUUAAAAUUACAUUAAAACAUUAAUAAAAACUUUUUGCUCGCCACCAAAAACCAGAAGAAAAGAUAAGAUUAACCAUUUUUUUUCCCCCCCCCCCCCCCCUGACUGGACCUUAGGCCUGAGGUGCUAAAUCUUCUUACACCAUAUUGUAAUAGGCCUAUACUUUUAAUAUACUUCAUAUGUCUGCAAGAGUCAUUCUUAUAUGUUGAGGGUCUGUCUACCCAUGAUUUGAAAUAUAAGAUUUAGCAUUAGCUGAAACCAGUGGUUCUUAACCUUUUUGGGCGUACUGAGCCCCACAGUUUCAUAUGCGCAUUCACCGAACCCUUCUUAAUAGGAAAUAUAUAUAUCAUAUAUUUUUAUAGGAUUUUUUUUUUACCUCCGCCGAACCCCUGAGACUGACUCACCAAACAACUGGGGUUCGAUCGAACCCAGGUUAAGAACCACUGGCUUAAACCCUAAAGUCGAAUUUUUGUUGUAAAAAAAUAAUUUAUAAUUAAUUGUAUUGCUGAUUAAAAUUACUUAAAGAGCGAAAUAUGUAAUUAACUUUUGUAUUGAACGAUAAUCGGAAUUCCCCGGAAACUGUUAUAAAUAAAAUUAUUUUAAAAAAAGGAUGAGAACAAUUAAAUUUGACAGUACUAGAACAAGUGUUACCUUAUUGUAACAGCAGAUAGUUUUGAUUUAUUGCAACAACAAAAAAACAAAACAAAAAACACAAAAACAAGUCGGCGUAUUCAGCCUAUUAAUAUUCUAUUCUGCUUCUCUAGAUUACUAAACGUAAACAAUAAAUAAUGACAAUGACAUUAAUGGGGGCAUGGGGGAUUAAAAUUAAUGUCAUUAAUAAUAAUUUAAUUAAUGAUUUAAAAUGUACUCAACUCACUAGUCACUAGGCCUCGGAGUCUGCUCAGAUGCAGUUAGAUUUAGAUUUAGAUUAUUUAGAUCAACUAGAUUUUCUCUUAAAAUUAAUUAAAAAUGAACCUAAUAAUUUAAAUAGUAUAGUAAUUUAAAUGACUAGCCUGUAACUUUAACGUUAAGGCAAGGCAUUGUUCCUCAUUAGUAAUUAGGAAUGGGAGGGUCAGGGGUCCACUGAACUGUGACUGUGACCCACUCUACUGAGACUACUCUACUAAUUAAAAUUUAACUGUAAAUGAACCCGACCUACUUUUUACUUAACUAUAAAUUUAAAAAUUAAAUACCAUAAUAAUAAUAUUAUUAAUAGAGUCCAUAGUCAUAGCCAUAUAACUAUAACUUCAUAAUCAUAAACAUAGUUAUCAGGGAUCAGUUCCAGAUAAAAUUAAAAUUGUAAUUUCAAAUAAGAUCAAGAUACAUUUAGGUCAUUAAGUGCAUACAAUAGCUUUGCCUUUAGUCUUGUCUUAGUCUUAGUACUUUACUGCCUGACUUAAGAGUAAGUUUUAUUGUAAGUUAAUUUUACUAUUUCAUUAUGAGUAGGACUUCUCUUGCUCUUAAUAUAAAUAGUAUAUUUAUGAUUGUUUAGGCUAUAUUUAGUCUACCAUGCAAUUUUUUUUUUCAUAAAUUGAAACUUUUAUAGAAUAGUGGCACUUAGUAGGCCUACCUAUUCCUACAAAUAAUAAUGAAUAUUCUACUUUGAAUUUAAACGGAAUUUUACUGAAUUUUCAUAUCAUAAAUAUACAUAAGAAGCCAUUCAAAUUGGUCAUAAGAUGACCAUCAUUAAUAUUAAACCAUUAUUUGCAUUUUUAUUUAUUAAUUUAAUCUAUCUAUUUUUCUAUUGCUCUCUUAUUUAUUUGAUAAUUUUUACAUACCUGACUCAGGAUUUCCUUCGCCUCAUCUUCUGGAGGUGUACCAACUUUUUUUUCUUUCUUUCCCCAUACUUACUUAUUUAAUGGUAGGAUAAAUAUUAGGGCUGGGCCCAAAACUAAAGGUUAAGUUAAGAUGAUUUUAAAAGUCAUUAAAUUUUUUUAAAAUUGACUAAAUUAUGGGGUCACACAGUUCAGGGCUUUGCCUUAGCCUUAGCAGUGUUUUUGACACUAAUAAACUUAAUCAUCACAGAAAAAUAUAGGCCAACACCUUUAUUGCACAGUUUGGUGACAUCAGUCAGGUAUUAGCUGAAUGUAUACAUUGUAUUUUGACAUUCAAUUAAAGCAUGAGAGACAGUACCAUUUUACUUAGACUUUAAACAUAGCGUACUUUUUGUGUCUUUCAUUAACUCAGUUAUUUUGUUACACAACAUGACAUUUGCAAAACUCAAUACUAUCAAAGCACUAACCAAAAAAAAAUUGUAAUUUUAUAAUAUAAUGUCUUAUUUUUUUCUAAUUUAUCCUUCAUACAGAGAUGUUAUGCGUGGAGUUGUCCAGGGUUGAACUUUCUAGAAGCAUAAAAUCAAUGUUUUUCUUUGCAUCAGAUAAAAUAAGAAACUAUACACUUACAAUAACUAAAUAAAAUAAAAUAAAAUGGAUGAGCAACUGAAUGGGAAGCCAGCACUACCAAAUGAUUUAGGCAAUGUCCUUGAAAAUCGAAGAUCUCGAUUAGAAAGAUCAAAGAGUAAUGUAAGUCGGUUAAGAUAUAAUUAAUUGUCUUUCUGGAAAACAAUUUCUAUGCUGUAAACUUAUUUAAAACACAUUUUUUUUUUAUGGAUAAUAUGCCCUAUAUGUUUCAUAUUGUGGAAUUCUACUUUGUACCCAUUGUUUCAACUGUGUGUUCAUAUGCAAGUAAUUUUAAUUAUAUAUAAAACUAAAAUUUAUCCACAUACACAUUGGAGGGUCUGCUCAUUUCUUUGAUCUUCUAUUUUUUUUUUUUUGCAAUGCAAAUUUUAAACAUAUUUCUUGAUAUUGGUAUUUUUAAUUAUACCACCAAAAUUCUUUUUUUAAAAUUCAAAUUAUCAUCAGCCCUAACUGCCGCUUCUCUUCAACUUCCAUGUUUAAUUAAAAUAUCAUUUGAAAGUAUAUAGACAGAUAAUCCAAAGUGUGAUAUGCUGACAAUGGCUUAAUUUACACAAAACUUUAGACAUGGGAAGUAAAGCAAAGUUUACAGCAAUGAUGUUUGUUUUCUUAUACCAUUAAUGAAUUAAUAUGCCCCUUUCUUCUUUUUAUAAUAUUAUUGUUUGAAGUUAGUAAAAAUUGUGCCAAAAGUCUGUAAUCCUGUGUUUGAAAUUAAUGGCAUUUCCUUUAUCUUUUUCAGACAUCCGGUAUGACUGAAAUAUCCAUAAAUGAAAUAAAUUUAAAUGCGCCUCAUGAUGAGUAAGUAUUUAUCUUUACAAGUAAAAGGCGAUAUGAUUAUAUGAAAAUUUCAAAAAGCAAUAAACUAUUUUGUUUUCAACCUCUAACUUUGUCUCAUAAAAUAGCAGCUAAGUAAAAUGUUUCAAAAACUUUUUUCUCUGUUGAUGUACUAUUUUUACUUAGAAUAAGCCUGUUUAUAUGUUGCUCACAUUUGAAGAUGAUUAAAAACACAAAAGCCUUGAAAAGGGAACACCCAUAUUAUAAAGCAUGCACCAAAAAGUAAUAUUUUCAUAAUGUUAUGUAGCACACUUUCCUCGCGCCGUGCACUCUGGUUGACCCCACAUGAGACGACAUUCGCAAUGGACAUGGCUUAGUUGAUCUGUCGUGUUUAUUAACUUUACGAGACAAUUGUAUUAUUCAUUGUGUGCUCAUAUUUGUUUAUUUCGCAUUCAUCAUUGUUAAUUGGCAUAUUUUACUAAUUGUGUACUGGUACAAGAUUUUCCCAUACUCUGUAAGUUGAGGAUUUGUAAUUAUAUUUAUUUUGUUUUGUAAUUGUUUUAUUACUAAAUUAAAUCUUAUUAAUUGUAAUUGGCAACUGUUUUUGCAUGUCAUAUCUUUAUUUUUGCAUUUCUCUAUGGUAUUGUUCUAUGUUGUGCACUGUGUGAACAAGCCAUAAUUUAAAACAAGAGAUUAAUUUCUCACAUUAGAAACCAGUGCGUAACACAUAACCUUCCAACCCUUAUUGAACCCCUACAUUUUGGGCCCUCUUCCAAAUCUAUACUUGCUAAUGAGUGUGAUGAUAAAUCUAAUGUCAUUAUUUUGUCAGUGUUAUUAACUUGUUUCUCCCAUUUUCUGUUUAUAUAUCAUUUAAAAUUCAUGUGUUAAUAUUAAAGUUAUUAUUCUUACAGUUCUGUACCUGGCCCACCUAAGUAUAUCCCAAAGACUGAAUGGCAGGUGAGAGAGUUAUUUAAUAAUUUUUUAGACAUAAAAUGCAGUUUUAAAAAGACCUAAACUUUGAUACCUACCACUUCCUUUACAAAAUGACAUACAUUUAUACAACUGCACAUGUUUCAGUUUGAGCUUGUCCGGCUUAAUAAAUUAGAGACUGCAGACAAUAUUAAGAAAGGAGCCUCUAAAGAACCAAGAGAUUUCAAUCAGAGGUUUCAAACAGUGGAAGAGAAAAUAAAGGCUGUAAAUACAGACAAUAAUAAGGUGGACAACUCACAUAAGAUUGCCAGUCAUUUUAAAAUUCUGUUGAUCUCUAACUUAUUUUAUUACAUUUUUGUUUAGUAAUAUUUAUUGGAAAUGUAAGUUCAAAAAUAGACUGAUCUUAUUUUAUAUAUUAUGUAAAUAGAUUGUGAAAAUAUUUAAUGUAAGCUGUAAAUUAAUUGUGAAAAUAUUGAUUCUAAGCUGUAAAUAAACUAUGAUAAUAUUUAAUCUAAGCUGUAAAUAAGAUGGGAUAAUAUUUAUUCAAAGCUGUAACAUGCUUUGUAAAAAAACUUUUUAAUGUUUUUCUAUAAGAGUGAUAGUGCUCUUAAAGGACUCUUUUUGAAGAUAACAUGGAUGAUUGUUGUUUAUGCUUCAAGGUUAACACAAUUAUUAAUUAUUGCAGAAACUUUUUGUCUAGUAUUUAUACAUAAGUAGAAUUAGAGCAGGGUUAUUUUAAUAUUUUCUUGCUCCAAUUGGUGUAUUUCUUUUUUUUUUUUUAUUUAGAAAAACAGCAAACUGAAGUACACAAGGCUUGUGGUUUGGCUGAUAGGAUCAGAGAAAAACAAUACUUUAAAGAAUCCCUAUGGAAGAAGGUUUAUUCAAACAUUGCUGGACACUAUUUUUGAAAGUGGUAUGCACAUCUCUUUAUCAACUAAUGGUUAAUUUUUGCAUUAUUGCAUACUUAUUUAAAGUUAAGAUUUUUUCAAUGAGCUAAAGGAUAGAUCUCUAAUUUAUUUUUUUUUAAAACACCUCAUUUUCUUUCUGCAGAAUCUUUGCUGAUUGUCGAAGGGGAUACACAAUUUGUACAAGACAUGAAAGAAUUUCUUGAUGACCCGAGAUUUGGUGCUAUAAAAAACAAAAUGAAUGUUUUCUCUUGGCAGGUAAUCAGAUAUAAUUCCUUAGUUAUGUUUAGGAAAAUAAUAUACCUUACAUGUAAUUUUUAUUUUUGUAAAAAUAAUUUGUCUCUGUUAAACUAGCAUUAAAAUAAGAUUGUUAUCUUCCUGUUAUUCGCUAUUAGGAAUCUGGAUGUUAACAAAGUCAAUAGUAUAAAAUAAUGACUUUGAUUUUGUCCUGCUUUGUGUAAACCUUGUUUGCAGCAUGAGAAUUGCUGAUGAAACAUGAUUUCACUACUUAUCUAGAUAUACUGUAUAUACUCGCAUAUAAGCUGAAUUUAGAACUAUAAAAUACAAUACUGAAAUCAGGGUGUCGGCUUAUAUGAGCGUAAAACAUAUUCAUAUAAAAAUUUAUAAUUUUUUCUAAAUAUACUUCAUUAAUCAUUAGUUGUGAACAGCUUAUGAGCCGAAGUUCAGAUAUUAUUAUAACAAACAAUGUGGAAAGAGCAGAACACGUUUUUGUGUCAUUCCAAAAGGUAAACAAACUGGUAUGUAACAUAAAAGUAAGCAUUUUUACAUCUUUACAGUAACACAUUUCUAUGAACCAAAAAUAUGGAGUAAAACUGCUUUAAAAUGGCAAAAACUGGCCAUUUUAAAGCAGUUUUAGGGGGUCGGCUUAUAUGCGAUAAAAGUUUAUAUGCGAGUAUAUACGGUAGUUUAUUUUUAACAUUUAAUCCAUUUGCUUGUCUUUGAAAAAAAAAUGAUAAUGUAUGAACUUAAGAAACAACUUUCAUUUAAAUUAAACUAGCGCUUUAUGGUUGUAGUAAAAAAAAUGGGUCAAUAUUUUCAGGAACCUGAUUGAAUAACUUACUGAAAAUUUCAAUUCACUAUUAAUUUUCAUUUUUCAUUGUAUCAUUCUUAUUAGCAUUUUUCAUGAACCACCUGUUAAGCUCAAGUGCAACCUCAAAAAAAAGAACAACAUAAUUUUGUGCUAAAAUUUACACCGUUCCAAAAAACUUGAAUGAUCUCUUUGUUUGAAUGUAAGUUGUUUUCAAUCCAUUUCAGAACAAUAGUAGCACAGAGACAGGACCAUUAAUAUCACCAAAACCUCCUAUAAUUACUGGAACAUCUGGGCCAAGUAAUUUGUGUGGAGAUUCUUUUAGAUUUAUUUGAUUUCUAAGUGCCUCAUAAUUCUUUAGAUUUAAAAACCCCUCUUUGAUGGGUUAUAUAAAUACAAGGUCAAUUUAAGAUAUUUUAAUUUUAUAAUCAACUGCAGUUUUAUCAUUGUUUGAAACAGUUACAAAAGCGUUUAAGAAUCUCAAAAUAGUUCAUUUUAAAAAUCAAAUUUGACACAAAUUAUUUUGUUCUAAUUGGUUCUUGCAAUCUUUUUAAUUCCUUGAUUUAAUACACAAUUGUAGAAGUCUUAAAAUACUUUUUUUAUUAUUUUGAAAUAGAUUUUAAUAAAUAUUAUUUAACAAAAAUAAGUUACAAAUUUUAUUAAAAGUUGUCUUUUUUCCUCUUAGUCAUAAAUAUUUAUUUUCUCUUAUAAUUUUCAUUAGGUUUCAUUGUUAUUGUAUCAUAAACAGAUUAUAUUCAUAUUUUUUCUGUUUCAACUCAAGUAGUAGAAAUUAUAUCAAAAUUUUAUUGAAUUUCAUAUUUAAAUUGCUAACAUUUUUUUCCUCUAAACAAAAUGGUGAAAUCCCAGAUAAGUGAUACAUUUUUUUUAUUGAUAGAAUCAAAAGGAGUUGGGGUUGAGAUCUUAUAUAAAUGUUUGCUAAAUUAUUUGAAAUAUUGUCUAACAAAAAGUUUUUUUUUAUUUAGUGUAUGACACUCAGACUUUGUGUAUAUUAUUAUUGCUUACAUUUUUUAUCAUGUUAAAAUAAUACAUUUAAUUUUUUUUAUAUGUGUUAUAUAAUUUUGUGAUUUUUACUGUUCUAUUGCUUUUUCAUUAAAUAUUAACAGUAAUAUCCAAAACUUCUGAAACAAUAGAUUUCUUGCAAAUGAGAUUUAAAAUGGGUUUUAUUGAUCCAUGCUAACUUUUAAUCAAUUUACCUACCAUUUUGUAAUUUUUUAAGUCCAUUAAAUAGAAGCAGCUUUUAUUACUCUUCAAUAAAUUAAUUUAGUACUAAUUAGAUUAGGUAAUAUUGUUUUCCCCAUAAUUAUUUUUUUAUCUUACAAAUUUCAAAUUUUAUUUAGUUUUUUCCUUUUUUUCUUUACAUAUGGAUGUGUUUAUGUCUCAGAGUUGUUGAAUUUUAGUCAUGACCAUGUUGUCAUUACACAUUACAUAUUAUACUUUCAGCUCCAAAGUCACCAAUUUCCAAACCGUAGUUUAAACUUUGGUAUUGAGAUUGUCUUAACCACAAUUUUAAUAAAUUUUCCAUUUCUGAAAAGAUAUUUUCCAGUGUGCAAUCAUUGUCGAGGAUGGCCGUAAACAACUAGGGGAGAAUUUUAAAAAUAUUUCCGUUGGGAUACCUGAUGAAGUACCUGAAAUUAUUAUCAAGGUAAAAUAAAAACAAGGUUUUUAUAUUACAUAAUUACUUUUUCCUAUAUUUUCCCCAAAAUAUUUUUGUUUAGAUUGUUAAAAUUAUUUCAUCAUAUGUAACAGCGUUGAGAAUCAAACAAAACAAGGUGUGACUUCCCUUUAGAAGUUAAAAGAUACUAUGUGAACAAAAUCUUUAACAAGUUUCAUUAUGAUCCCAGCUCAGCUAUGGUUUUUGGAUCAAUGAAAACUGAGCCCAAAAAAUGAUUUGGCAAAUAAAGCAAACACAUGCUGGAGCGAAACAUUAGUUUACAAAUGGGGCCCCAUGCCAGUGUAGAUUUCCUCUUAAUUCCAGGGUUUCCCUAGUCACUAUAUGACAGCCUCUUCAACUCACUUGUGGUGAAUGAAAGUAGAUAAUUAAAUCAGACACAAUCGACUUAUAUGGAAGUAUGUUUAUUAGAGAGGUGUCCAUGUUUAAUAGCCCAAUUCUAUGUCUAAUUGGCCAUUUAUUUCUCUCAACAGCAAGUUGGGAAAAUAUCUGAUACAAGGUAUUUAUAUAGAUUAUACUAUAAUAAUAUUAGCAUCUUCAUGUAUAUUAUAUAACUAUUAACUCAAACUAAAAUUUGUAUAUUCUUUAUACCUUAUUUGCACAGCACCAUAACAAGGGAAACAUACUUUUGUGUUGUUUUAUUACUGAUCAUGUCAGAAAACAAAACUAAAGGUUUUUAAUAUAAAUAAGCAUUUACAUACAUUACAUACUAAAAUACCAUUAAAGAAAAUUUAUUCUGCACUUUUAAUUUUAUUUUUCAUCAUCAAUUAAAAUUUUUCUCUUCAUUUUUUUUUACAGUGAAAAUAAAAAUACACCAAAGGAAUGGUACAUUGAUCUGAAACAGAAUAAGACUUCCUUCAACAUUGGUAAACAAAUUUUUGAUGGUAAGCAUACUAAAUAUAGCAAAAUUAUAAUAUUAUUUCCAUGUUUGGGCCUUGGAAAUGUUAUUUGAUUGUUCAUAUUUUAUUUUAACCCUCGUCCUCCCGCAUAGGUAAAUAUGUUAUUUUUUUGGCUUUUAAAUUGGGAUAAAUUUUUUUAUUAGAAGUCAUAGAGACCUGAAAUUUCAUGACAUUUAAAAUUUUUGAGUUAAAUUAUGAAGACACUAUUUUAAAAAAAAAUACCUUUAUCAAUUUUUCAGAUACACUACUAAAUUCAUGACUUAAAUCUAUAAAGCAAAGCUAGGGGAUUGACUUACCUCAACUUUUCUAUGUCGUUUACUUUUAUUUUAAAUCCAUUUUAUAUUGUAUAAUCUUAAAUAACUUCUGCAGAUUAAUAAUUAUUGCACUCAAAUAAUUUUUUUUUUUUUUGGUUUUUGUUCCAGUGGUUUAGAUUUAAAAGCAAUUUUUGUGUAAAGGAAUUAUUUUAUUAUAAUAUGUCAAUUUGAUUAUCAUGUCUUGGGAUAUAAGAUAUAUUUUAUUGCAUAGUGUUUGCACAUUGCAAAUUGCUAUUAUACUUUUAAGAAUAGAAUGAAAAUAAUUGUUUAGCAAUUGUUAACAUUUUCCAUUGAAAAUCAUAAUAUAAUUUUAGAACCAUUUUCUUCUAUUCCCUACUGUUUUAAAUUAUCUCUGUUAUUAGUUCUGGACAAAGAUGAAUUUGACAGUACCCUUAUCACUGACUUAUAUCUUCUGUGCAUACACCUAAAUCACUUGGAACAUGGACUUCCUGUUAAAUGUAAGUUAUAAAUGCCUUAAAAUCAAUGCCUGUUUAUUAAAAUUUUUGAUAAAACAUUAAUAUUUUUACUUUAAUCGUUAAAAACUAUAAUUAACUGAAGUAAGGAUAACUUGAAAAAAUUUUUGUUGAAUCUUUUUGAAUACAAGAAAACAGGGGAGAAUAGAGCUUUCUGUAAUAUUUGUUUGCAAGAUCAGUGAUGAUGUUCUAGGAAUCUCAAGUUCUAAAACAAAUUUUUACCAAAUAAAAAAAAUUAUAGUUAGAUGAUAACUUACAGAUAAACUCUGACUUACUCAAUUACUAAUAAAUUCUGCAGAUAGUGCUGGUCUUUUAGUAUGGAAUCAUUUUUUAAUUUGCUGUGAUUUUUGUCAAUUUUUUCACUGAGAUUCUUAAUUUAAAAUGAAUUUUAGUGAUCAUAAAUAACAAUUUUUAAACUUUAUUAAAACACCAAUCCAAUUCUCAUUAGGUACUGCGGGCUAGGUUAAAUGUUUCAAUGGAGCCAUGCUGCCAAUGGGCCAUAGGUUUCUAAUCUUUGAUGUAGACUUUAAAUAUACAUUGAUUCAACUAGACAAUGUUGUUUAUUAAAUUUGAAAAUACUGGGUACUUAACUAAAUAAAGUUAUAAAAAAUUUCAACCUUCUUAUAUCUGUUUGUCACACAACACCAGUUGGUCACACAACACCAGUUGCUGCAGAUAAUACCAACUCAAAGGUAAGAAUAUAAAUUAAUUGAUAAUAUUAUUUUCUCUAUGAUUAGAUUUAAAUCUUUCUGGGAAUAUUUAUAACUCUUUAGAAAAUAUUUAACAUGUUAUGUUAGGACAGGGCUUGGCAAAUCCCAAAUUGUCAGCCACAUGCGGCUCUUUGGCAAUUUGAGUGCAGCUCUGUCAGUUGGCCACAAAUCCCUUUCAAGUCCGAAAAACAUGGCUCUUUACAGGUUCUUGAAAAGAAAUCUUACUCUAAAAAUUGUUAUCACUCUGCUGCUGAUAUUGGACUCUUUUCAUCAUUGAGUUUGCCGAUCACUGUGUUCGGACAUAUUAGCCUGAAACUUAGAUUGCUAUUCAUUAUUUUUAAAAACGUUAUUGUGUCUUAUGUAAACUUUGAUUAUUUUGCUUAGCUAUAAAAAAAAAAAAAUUUUAAUAAUUUUUUUUUAAAGAAUUUUUAAUUUUUAAAGUUCUUAAAAAAAGCCUCAAAUAAAUAACGUUUCACCCUAAUUACAUUAUCUUUUUUUUUUUGUUUUUUUUUUCAUUGUAAAUUUAACACAUGUAUGUAAGGAAAGGUAUUAUUUAUAUUUGUGCCGUCAUUUAUGUUUGUGACUUUCAUUUUUGUUUGUGACCGUCAUUUAUGUUUGUGAACGUCAUUUAUGUUUUUGACUGUCAUUUAUUAAAUUUAACACAUGUAUGUAAGGAAAGGUAUACAUUUUCAGGAUUGGAUAAAAAAUGCAGUUAUGACAGCAAUCAGGCUGUAUCGCCAAUCUUUCAUCACACAUAUGUGUCUCAAUGGAUUAACUUUGACAGAGAUUGUCACAGAAUGCUUUAUAGUUGAGCUCUUCUCUACAGUAAGUUUUACAUGAGUAUAAAUACACAGGAAGAGAAAACAUCAGCUACUUAAUUCAGGUUUUUCUUUCUUCAUCCAUUAUCUCUAUAAUAUUUUUGGGGCGAAGAUCUCUAUGGCAAAACAUUAUUUCACAUAAUUUAUAUUAUUUUACUUUGCUCUCAAGGAACCAUGGAGUAGCAAAAUUCAAAUCAAGAAAAAAGUAAGUUUCAUUAAAUUUUAGCAUGUGUUACUGUGAAACAGGACAAUGACAGUUUUAUGGAGAGGAAAUUUGCAAGCAGAUCUGCUAUUUUUUAAAUCUGUAUUUCUAAAUAUUACACAAACUUUUGUAUGACUGUAUAUUUUUGUAUUAUGCAAAAAUUGAGACAUUUAUAUAAAAAAUUGACCUUUUGAUCUGUUACUGUAAACAAAGCUUUCCAUAGUCAAAGUAACUAUUAGUGGAUGCAGUUGGUUAGUCCAUUUUAUUUGGAAUUUCGCUUUUUUUUUUGUAUGCAUCUUUCAAUUGUUAAUAGAUAACAAAAUAAGUAUAACUUUCGGAAUUGUGAAAACCUUUUUAAGCCUUUGGCAAGUGCACUAUUUUAUACUCCCAUUAUUAAAAAACUCAAUACAAAUUUGAUUUUAAAAAUCUAACAGCUUAUUUGGAUAGAAUCUUCGCUAACAAAGCUGUCAUUGAAAAUUUGCUAAUGUUCCAUUUUUCUCAGGCAUCCGGAGCAAGUAAAAUAGGACCAGAUAUGAAGGUAAUAAACAAACAUUAAAUAAAUUCUGAUUUUGAAAAACAAAAAGCCGUUUGUGGCCAUCUAUAUGGUAUGUAAACAAAAAAAGUCAAAUAUUUCAUUCCUCCCAUCCUAUUAAUAAAAAAACACUUUUAUUUAAAGAAUUAUGAUAAACAAAUUGUCACAUGUUUUUACUGCUUUUUGGGGUUGUGGCAGACCCAGGGGUUCUCGGAAUAUGUGCCACUUUACCAUUGGAUGCUUAGAUUGUUUUAUUCAAGGCUUAGCGCAUGAAGCAGUCCUUUAUUUUAUAAAAAUGUAAUUACUAUCUUGAUGGAGUUACUUGCUAGAAUUUGAUAUUGUACACCUGGUGAAAACUUAAAUUUGGUAAGGGCUCCUAAAAUCAAAAUAAUGCUAGGAACCUCUGGCUUAGUAGAUCAAAGCUAACUGAAUAUGUCACGCACAUGGAGCAUACAAAAGUUCCACCCCAUAAAUUGUUUUACGCUAUUUCGCGUUAAUUUUCUGCAUAAAUUGCAAAAUUAUUUUUUAUUUGUGAAUAAAGGUAUUUACUUUCUGCCGAGAUGCAUGUGCAUGCGCAAGCAAAAUCUCCAAAAUCGAAAACCUCCUCUCAGUCAGUAUGUAACAUAUGGAUGGCCAAUUUUGGCAUUUUUAUCUCACAGUUCUGAUAAAUUUUGCUCCCACUUUUUUCAGAUUUUAUUAUUAUUAAAUAUUGCAAAAGGUGAAUUACAAUUUGAAAAGUGCAUUUACUUUUGUGAAGCUUGUUUUGUCUUUACACACAAGCCCAAAAAAUUGCUUCUUUGAUGGGAUUAUUUGUCUUCUCACUCCUAGUCAAGUGGAAGACAAAUAACUCAUUUAGUUGUUUGCAUGUGUUCUAUUGUGCGGAGUCUCAUGAGUGUUAGAUUCCUUAAUGAACGUUCAUUGUUGCCAUGAGACAUGUCAUGUAUUUUAUGUGUUCAUUAUGUCAAUGAUGUAUCUGUGAUAUAUACUUGUCUAGACUUGCUUUGUGUGUGUGCAGAAGCUUUUGGCAGUCACAGUUUGGUCUUUGAGUGGAUAAAUUGUGACUAUUUCCUCUAGCUAGCAGUGCUAUGUUUGCACUUUUAGUUAGACCAUACGAUAUGAAUGAUGGAUUAAAAUUAACUUUUUUUUCUUUGAAGAAAAAAUUGAUGUGCCGUUUGAAGUCACAAUGUGUGAAAGAAACUUUGUCAUAUUAAUGAGAAAAAGAAACUAAUGUUUGGUCAUAUCCUCCAUCUUCAUAAUAUACAUAGCCAGGUCCAAUCUCAUACACGUUGCAUUGACUACCUCCUGUUUAUAAGGCAACUAUUGCACUGCGAGGCUGUCAAAGUGGUUAAAAUUUAUAAAACCAGAAAAUUUUAUCCAUUUAGAAUAGCAUUUCAUCCUCUUUUUUUUAACUGCUGGGGAAAUAAUAAAAUGUUCACCCUUUCUUCAAGAAAUUUACUGUAUAUUUAUGUAAUGAAUACUUAUAUAGAUAUAUAUUAAUUUUUUUUAAUCGGCACUGAUUCACUCUCUAACCCACUACAGCCUACUGCCAUUUUCGAAGUUGCUGAAAUAGAAAAACAUUUUCAGUUGGAGCUCAAGAAAAUAAUUGGUGAUUGGUUCCCUGAAACUUUGAAAAAGCACAGUAAAACAGGUAAUGUCCCUGCCAAGCUUAAACUUAAUGGAUUAUUGUGGACAAUACUAAAACAAAAAAAUAUUUGAAAAUAUAGGUUGCAAACAGUAAGGGCAUUUGAAAUAAAUAAAUGUGCUUUCCUUAAAAAUAUUUUUACUGAGGAUCAGGGAUAAAACUAGGGAGCUGUCUGCAGGAUCUGGUUUCUAUCUUGCAUAUCCUACUCCUUGCUCUGUUCCAGUUCUCUUUAGGAUUUUUUGGUGUUUUUUUUACACUGAAUGUCCGUCUAAAUGUUGUCCCUGAAAAGCCUGAUUGGUAAUAUUGUACAUACAUGACCAAACCGACCCCAUCAGUUUGUAAUAACCAAGUCAUAUUUUAAUCAUACAGGCGCCCCACUGUAUGAAAUGGCAGACUUGCUGUUUAUUGAUGCCAUCUUAGAGAAAAAGCUGGAACCAUCGAUUGUGUACUGGACAUAUAUCCGUGUAAGACGAUUUUUUCUCUUUUGUGUUAACAAUGCGUUUAUGAAAAUCUCAGCUAAAGUGGUCAUUAUAUAUUAUUUUUUAAAGUGCUUUGCUGAUGAAACUUAGUGUUUCUAGUUCAGUGCUUCUCAAUCUUUUAAGGGCAUUGACUUUUUAAAAACGUUCUGAUGCAUGAGCAGCAAAGCUGUCUGAUUUGCUCCUGAGAAAUAACAAUUUGUCAUGUAAGUUAUAAAAAACAAUGUCAAGCUUAAGUGUUAACCCAAAUGAAAAUCCUUAACUGUAUGCUUGAUUCUUGAGACUUUGAUAAACUUUAUGACAUAUCAUUGAUAAACUGUUUGAAACUAAAUACUUUAUAUCAGAGCCAAUAAUUUGUUUAAACUUACCUUUCCUGCACCUCAGCAUCCCAUUUCAGCAGCUCUCAUCGCCUAUGGGGUGUUCAAGAACAUGAAAGGGUCGGAUAAUAGUCCUGCCAUUGUUUUACAAGAGAGCAUGAUGUAAGUUAGCAUUAAUAUGGCCAAUGAUUAGCUGAAUCAAAGAAAUAUGAAGAGUAUAAAAAAGAUAAACAACAUACUUUGAUAUGAUAAAAAUUUUAAUGAAAUUUGAAUUUGGUACAAUUUUUUUAAAGCAGUAGCCAUAGGUCUAAUUAUGUUUCUAUUCCAUAGGAGCCAUGAUCUUGUUUUUCUACGUCUCAAGGGUUUGGGGCACAGAUAAUGUUUGGAAAACUGACUUACCAUAAUUUUGUCAUACCUGUUAAUUUAUCAAAAGGGGGGGUUUUGGUUUGAUUUUUAUUGUUAAUGAGAAACUCUUAUCUUGUGUUACAUGAAAUUUGUACAUAACCAAUUUCUACAAAGGAAUGUUGCUGAGCCAAAAUUUAUUUGGGCAGAUGUUUAUUCAAAAUGAAAUUUAUUUAACUGAGAUUUGUUCAUGUGGAAAUUUGUUCCAAUUUUAAAAAAAUCAUAUUCACAAAAGUAAUUUAAUUAUUGGCGAAUUGAGUAAAAUAAAAUACAACCACUAUAAAAGUACGGUAUAAAUUAAGGCAUACUUUUGAUAAGAUUUGCUAUCAUUGGAACAGUUUAUUUAUAGGAAAUAAAAUGAUUAAAACAGAGUAGGGUUAAACCUGAAAAAAUACACGCAACAAAACAACGAACGUGUCGGCAGAAAGCCUUCGUCAGCGAUAAUACUUUCUAGCUAAGUGCUAUUUCUUAUUUUUAUACCAAUUUUUCUGUUGUUUUGUUCGCUGACGAAGGCUUUCUGCCGACACGUUCGCUGUUUUGUUGCGUGUAUUUUUUCAGGUUUAACCCUACUCUGUUUUAAUCAUUUUAUUUUGUACUAACCUGAUUGCAGUCUCUCGCCUUAUUACUCCUUAUUUAUAGGAAAUCAGAUCAACAGUCUAAAAAUAUUGAAAAAAAAAAAAAUUAAGUUUAAAAUAAAUCUCUGUUGAACAAAAUUACAUUUUUAUCAAAUUUCAAUAGCUCUUUAUUGUUUCAGAUCUUGUUCAAUCAGCCUGUACAUAGAGAUAAUCUAGAUUUUAUUGACAGAUCAUUUCAGUAUUAUAAAUUCAAGUGCACAUGUAGAAAAUAUUUAAUGUGUAAAUGAUUCACUGGUGGUUCUUUUACAUGUUUUUGACCAUUCUGACAAAGUUUAAAUUCCUUGACAGCACCUAUCAGAAACUGGCCAUUGAUGCCAUCAACAACAGCUAUGGGAAGAGCAAGAGCAGCACAUUCCAGCUGCUGGUGCAAAAAAUUUCAGAAUGGGGCAAUGCAAGGUGCAUUGAAAUAGCUUUGGCCACCGGGAAUGAACAGUUCCUGUCAGAGACCCCAGCCAUAGAUUUAUGUGAGCACCUGUGGUUUGAAAAG